UCUAAGUAAUUGUUUUAAAAUGGCUGGCAUGGAACUUCUGUCUGAUCAAGGCUUUCGAACAGAUGGUAGAAAGCCAAAUGAACUUAGAAGGAUACGUUUUAAAAAAGGAGUUUUUAAGCAAGCUGAUGGGUCUGCAUACUUAGAACAAGGAAACACUAAAGUUCUUGCAGCUGUUUAUGGUCCUCACGAGAUCAGAGGUGGCAAAUCCAAACAACUCCAUGAUAAAUUGUUAAUCAACUGUCAGUAUAGUAUGGCAACAUUCAGUACCCAAGACAGGAAAAGAAGACCCAGAGGAGACAGGAAAUCCCUGGAGAUGACUGCACAUUUAAAACAGACUUUCAAUGCUGUGGUUUUGACUGACCUCUACCCUAAAGUUCAGUUAGACAUUUAUAUCGAGGUACUGCAAUCAGAUGGGGGUAACUACUGUGCUAGUGUCAAUGCUGCUACCUUAGCCCUGAUAGAUGCUGGUAUUCCAAUGAAGGACUUUGUCAUUGCCUGUUCUGGGAGCUAUGUGAGAGAUACCCCUAUAGUGGACAUAAACAAUCUUGAAGAGUCAGGUGCCGGAGCUGAGAUUAUUAUGGCAAUUUUACCUCGGUGUGAUCAGAUUGUUUUCAUAGAGAUGAACUCCAGGCUUCAUGAAGACUAUUUAUCACCUGUCAUGGAUCAAGUUAUGGCAGGCUGUAAAGACAUUUUUAACAUUCUCAAUCAGCAGGUGCGGGAAGAGUUGCGUCAAAAAACAGCACAAGACAAAAUUGUGGAUUCUGGUUAAUGAUUCGGCGACUCAUCCUAAACUUUCAUUUGUACAUACUCUAUUCAUACGUUUCUGUGUAUGUUUGUUUGGUUAAAUGAUUUGAAAAAUUAUGUUUUAAGUGUGAGCGAUGUAAGGUCUCAGAAUGGUUAGCUCAUUUUAGAAAAGUUAUUAGUAAUUAAGUGAUUCUAAUUGCUCAUGUUAUAAAAUUAAUUUGUAAUUAAGUG